ACUAUGGUCUUCCUGAAAUUGAUGGUGUUCUCUGUGGUGAUCAUGCUCGCUUCAAGCAAGAAGGGGGGCAAGAAGGGGAGGUUCCGCAGUUUAACAGCUCUAGUCGAACAGCAGACAAAGAGGAUCAGUGAAAUUACAAACAGACAGACAGUGAUCGAGGAGAAAUUAGUGAAGGAAAUUGAAGCACUAAAAGAAACAUUUGCCGAGGAAUUGAAAGCCAGAAAGAAUGACGUGAUGGUGGUAAGCGGAGAGGAGGAUCUGAGGGAGGAGCGCUGUGCGAAAGUGUGUGCUGGAACCUCAGGCAGAGGGGCUACCAACUGGGUGGAUUACAGCUUGAACUCGAACGGACUUUACGCAGACGUUGACAUCAGCAAGUGUGGGUUCCUGACAAUUCCAACGGUGACUACCUCUCUUGAGUUCACCUCCUCUCAUUGGAGUAGGAUAGGGGCCUCGGAGAUAACCAGAGUGACUACCGGCAGUUUUAGGAUCUUCCUGGCGCAUCCACCUGCCAGAGGCGGUGCUGCGAAUGAAUGGGGUUGGAAUGUGGAGUGGAUCGCGGUGGGUUAUACCUGCUGAAGUUUCUACUGGUUCCAAAUGCAUGAGCCUUUAUUUAAUUGUUAAACUUAAAGU